UGGAUGCGGGCUCUCUUCCCUUCAUUUGCAUGGCGGCACAGGGGUGAACGAGUGUUGUGGUGCGUCGCUGCUGGGGACAGAGAGCUGCCAAGGUCGGUGAAAGUACAUCUGAGACCAACGUUACAUCCUCAGAGGUACCACCCCAAGAGACAAACAGUGAAGAGAAAGUGGAUGAUAUAGACGGCAACCUGAGCUCUCCACCAGAGAAGAAGCCAAAUGGGGAAUCUGUUAAAAGUGCUCACUUGCACAGAGCUCGAGCAGGGGCCAAACUUUUUCCUUGACUUUGAAAAUGCCCAGCCAACGGAAGGAGAGCGUGAGGUGUGGAACCAGGUGAACGCUGUCCUCCAGGACUCUGAGAACAUCCUGUUGGGCCUGCAGGCGUACAAAGGAGCCGGCCAGGAGAUCAGAGAUGCGAUUCAAAACCCCAAUGACUUCACGUUGCAGGAGCGGGCCUGGAACGCAGUCUGCCCGCUGGUCAUCAAACUCAAGAAGUUCUACAGUUUCUCUCUCCGGCUCGAGGAGGCUCUGCAGAGCCUGUUGGAGUGCCUGACAUGUCCGCUCUUCACGCCUACUCAGCACCUGGAGAGGGAGCAGGCUCUGGCCAAGCAGUUUGCUGAGAUCCUCCACUUCACGCUGCGCUUCGACGAGCUCAAGAUGAGAAUUCCCGCCAUCCAGAAUGACUUCAGCUACUACAGAAGAACCAUCAGUCGGAACCGGAUCAACAACAUGAAUCUGGACAUUGAGAAGGAAGUGAACAACGAGAUGGCCAACAGGAUGUCUCUGUUCUACGCAGAAGCCACGCCCAUGCUGAAGACUCUCAGCAACGCCACCACCAACUUUGUGACGGAGAACAAGAGUCUUCCCCUGGAGAACACGACAGACUGUCUCAGCACCAUGGCCAGUGUGUGUAAAGUCAUGCUGGAGACGCCGGAAUAUUCCAGUCGCUUCAGCAGCGAGGACACACUCUUGUUUUGCAUGAGGGUCAUGGUGGGAGUCAUCAUUCUUUAUGACCACGUCCACCCCAACGGUGCCUUCAACAAGUCCUCAAAGAUAGACAUGAAAGGCUGCAUAAAGGUCCUGAAGGACCAGCCAACAGACAUCGUAGAAGGCCUCCUGAAUGCCCUCAAAUUCACCACGAAACACCUGAACGACGAGUCCACGCCCAAGAACAUCCGGACCAUGCUCCAGUAGAAUCUGCUCUUCUUUUUUUUUUUUUAUACGUAUGAAGAGGUUCAAAGCUCUGACCUCGAAGAAGAUGUAUAUGUUUACAUUAUUUAAAAAGACUGGAUGUUAAUACUGGUGUGUAUUUGCAUAUUCCCUCUGAAAUGAUCACAUGGCCUCUCCUGAUCACCGAGCACAGCUGAUGGAUCCGUCGGCCUCACGUACUCGAGCUUCUUCCUGGAUCUUCCCAAUCAUUUUAUGACAAUGGAAUUAGUUUAGUCUGCAGCUCUUUGUCAAAUUCCACGCUGAAAUGAAUUAGUUUUUGAAAGAGUAACGAAGGAUCCUAGCAACCUGUGCUGUGGACAUGUGUGCUGCAGUGACGCGCCGAUAAGGGAUCGAUUGGUUUGAUGUUUGUUUUCUGUUUUUAUAGCCAGCUGUUGCGUUUCUCUGCUUUGUUUUCUUCACACUCCAAUCUGCAACUGUGGAAAUAUAUCCACUGUGAAGAUGAAAGUGACUUUGCACCCGGUCCGAUCCAGUACGUCGCCGGUUGCUUCAACAUCGAGGGCUUUUAUUUAAGCGUUCCUGUAUGUGGCCAAACGGGAACCUUUUAAGUGACUUUUGUAUGAAAAAUAAAACGCAUUUCUCUCAAAGAAAGGCCCCCCCCCAAAAAAAAUGUUCCCCCCAAUAAAUUAUAUGUACUUCUUAA